AUGGCGCUUGUGCGCCGAAUACUAGGCGACGCCCAGGCGAAACUUCGCAAAAUGGUAGACGAACAAGUGUCAGUUGGCACGAGAGUUGAGGCGGACGCGGAGCCUGAGCCGGCGGACCCUCUGAUCACGCCCGCGUGCUCAGCGCUCGACAGGAGCGACGAUUCGCGCCCCGUCCCACCCGAGCGACGCCUUCUCAUCAGCACCCUUGACAAACCUCGCAAUGGAUCGCUGAAUGGGGACAAAGAGGGCACGCUCAAUAGAUCGACGCGACUCACGGUUAAGAAUGGAAAGGAUAAUCCUUUCAUAGAUGAUGAUAACAAAGAAAAUCAAGCGAAUGGUAAAAUAGAUUCACCAAUAAAAUGGUCCACACAGAAUGGUAGUGACAGCGGAACGUAUGCCGAAAUAGGGACUGGGGGGAACAGUACCAGUGACAGGAAUAUUUUAGAUCCCGCUGAUAGCUCCGAAGAAGAAGUUCCACUUCCAGAUGCUACUUCACCGGGUAGGAGUAGCGAUGGACCUGAACCUCGAGCUGAUAUCACAGCUACGCUUGGCGGAGGUUCCGGAUCCCCGGGCGGGCGGUCGGAUCGUUCACGGCAGGAAGAGGUGCCCGCGUCCCCGGGGAUGCUCACCGCAGCGCAGUUGGCCCGCCGAUUGCGUCUUGAAAACGAACGUCUGCAGGCGGAACUGACGCGUGUGCGGCGCCUGCUGGUAGCGGCGGCGGAGAGGGGCGAGGCGGGCAACGCACUGGUCGAGAGGGCCCAGGAGGACGCGCGGGAGGGCCCGCCGAUCGACCCACAACAGCUCGAGAAAGAGCUUCUUCUGGCUAGAGAAGCUGUCAACUCUCUGAAAGCCGACAAGAAGCGUCUCAAAGCCGAGAAAUUUGAUUUGCUGAAUCAGAUGAAGCAACUCUACGCGACUCUCGAGGACAAAGAGAAGGAGCUCAGAGACUUCAUUAGAAAUUAUGAACAGAUGCGGUCACGCAGCGGCGCUUCUUCGGCGCUGGGCGCUGAGAGAGCGGAGCGGGAGCGCGAGCGUGCGGCGUUGUUGCGGCACGCGCGCGACGAAGCGGAACGCUCUCUGCAGCUUGCCGCCGCGCUUAGUGCACGCGAUACCCAGCUACGGCACGCGAGGGAACAACUUUUUGAGGCUCGAAGACAGUUACAAGCCGCAGGCUGUUUGUCGGAGGGUGAGAGCGUGGCUUCCCUCGGGAUCGGACCGCCGAUGAUCCUCGGCGGACCGUCGGGCCUCAUCGGCGAUCGCGGCAGCUGCAGUGCUGAUUCUGGAGUGAGAGUGACAGGUAGUAGCGACGGUGGCGCCACGUCCGUCUGCGGCGGGAACUUGUCGGAUUCCACCGCGGAGGGAGUUCCCCCCACACUUGACACCUACGACACUGACGCUGCUUCGCUCGUCUCUUCUGUACAUCCUAUUUAUCAACUGAGUACUCCACGUGACUGCAGCCCCACUCUGUCGCCACACAACAGCGCAUCCUCCUUCACACGUUCCAUCGAUGCCGGCUCACUGUCCAGGUCAGUAGAGCAAUUAUCGAGCCCGGGAGAGUGCGACUCGGGGCUGGUGGGCAUGCGGUCCCGCGCGGGCGCCUCUAAAGGCGGACGUGGCCGCGGUUCAGCGUGGGGGUCGAUUUCGCGCGUGUUCGCCCGGAGCCGCCACCGCACCAAGUCUGGCAGCGCGGCCAGCAGUGGACACGAGAGCGAGCCCGUGUAUGCGGGCACAGGGCCUGGUCGCGCGUGGUCGCCUCUGGGUAGUGAGGCAGCGCUACGGGAGGCGGCUUCACUACCCCUCUCACGGUGGCGCGCACCCGCUAUCAUCGCAUGGCUUGAACUUGCGCUCGGUAUGCCACAAUACGCUGCUGCCGUCGCCGACAAUGUCAAAAGUGGAAAGAUCCGUGCUUUGAAUGGGCAGGUUCUGCUUGAGCUGACAGACACGGACCUUGAGGUGGGCUUGGGGAUCACUCAACCGAUGCACAGGAAGAAACUGCGGCUUGCUAUCGAAGAGCGGCGGAGGCCUGAUCUCGUUCGCAACCCUAGCGUGGGUCAGCUCACACAUGCCUGGGUCGCCGCUGAGUGGCUGCCUGACUUGGGCCUCUCACAGUACGCUGAGUCGUUCUUGGCGAAUUUAGUGGACGCAAGAAUGUUGGACACAAUCAGUAAGAAAGAACUUGAAAAGUACCUCGGCGUUACGCGGAAGUUUCACCAGGCCUCUAUCGUUCACGGCAUUCAUUUGCUGAGGAUUAUGAAGUACGAUAGACAAGCCUUAGCAGUGCGUCGGCACCAGUGUGAAAACGUGGACGCCGAUCCGUUGGUUUGGAGCAAUCAGAGGUUUAUACGUUGGGCGCAUAACAUCGACUUAGGCGAAUUCGCUGAUAAUCUCAAAGACAGCGGAGUUCACGGUGGUUUAGUGGUAUUAGAACCCUCUUUCACUGGAGAGACAAUGGCCACAGCUCUCGGAAUACCACCGUCUAAAAGUAUAAUUCGAAGACAUUUGGUAGCAGAGUUUGACGCUCUGGUCAUUCCCGCAAGGAAUAUGUUCGGCCAUCAAAUAAGGAUGUUAGGACGACCCUUUUCGAGAUCGGUGGCGACCGGACUGCCGGGAAUAGACUUCACUGCAGAUUCAAGGAGGCAUAGCCUGCGGGGGUCCAUAACUCGUGCUCUCGGGGUACUUAAACCGAAGCACGACCGGCCAUCACCUUCAAGUUCAAGCGAGAGUUCCAGCGUUAUGAGCCUCGCGCCCUACGCUUACUCGCCGCCCAUAACGGUCCGCACUCUCUCCCAGCUGAGCAUGACGUACGCUCCUCCACCCACGCUGCAGGAAUACGAGCCGAUAUACACGCCACUCAGUCUGUACUCUCAGUCCAGUCUGUCCACAAGAGACAGCUUGCAGAGACUGAACGAUAUUCAAGAAACCAGUAUCACCCACAGGUACGGCCACAAAGCGGACCACGCUCACCGCGUAAGCUCACCGCUGCCGGCAAAGUCCUGCGAUGACUCCGUCAAGCAACGGCGACAUAGACGGGUUAAAAGCAUCGGAGACAUUAACGCAUCGAGCAAAACCUCUGUUUAA